UUAUAUAAAUGCACUACCCCAUAAUUGAAUUUUUCAAAGAUUUCAUUCUUCCUCUUCUAGGUUAUUACGCACCACCCACCACGUAUCCCUGAAAAGAGAGAAAAACACACUAAGCCAAAGCCAAAGCAGCAAUGGUUAAAGACACAAAGCCUUUAGCCUAUGCUGCUAAUAAUGGAUACCAAAAGGAAGCUUUUGAUCCCAGUGCUCCUCCACCGUUUAAGAUUGCAGAAAUCAGAGUUGCAAUACCAAAACAUUGCUGGGUCAAGAAUCCAUGGAGAUCCCUCAGUUAUGUUCUCAGGGAUGUGCUUGUAAUUGCUGCAUUGAUGGCUGCUGCAAGUCACUUCAACAACUGGCUUCUCUGGCUAAUCUAUUGGCCCAUUCAAGGAACAAUGUUCUGGGCUCUGUUUGUUCUUGGACAUGAUUGUGGCCAUGGAAGCUUUUCAGACAGCCCUUUUCUGAAUAGCCUGGUGGGACACAUCUUGCAUUCCUCAAUUCUUGUGCCAUACCAUGGAUGGAGAAUUAGCCACAGAACUCACCAUCAAAAUCAUGGACACAUUGAGAAGGAUGAAUCCUGGGUUCCAUUAACCGAGAAGAUUUACAAGAAUCUAGACAACAUGACAAGACUUGUUAGAUUCACUGUGCCAUUUCCAUUGUUUGUGUAUCCAAUUUAUUUGUUCUCAAGAAGCCCCGGAAAGGAAGGUUCUCACUUCAAUCCCUACAGCAAUCUGUUCCCACCCAGUGAGAGAAAGGGAAUAGCAAUAUCAACACUGUGUUGGGUUACCAUGUUUUCUAUGCUUAUCUAUCUCUCCUUCAUAACUAGUCCAGUUCUAUUGCUCAAGCUCUAUGGAAUUCCAUAUUGGAUAUUUGUUAUGUGGCUGGACUUUGUCACAUACUUGCAUCACCAUGGUCAUCAUCAGAAACUGCCUUGGUAUCGCGGCAAGGAAUGGAGUUAUUUAAGAGGUGGUCUCACAACUGUGGAUCGUGACUAUGGUUGGAUCAAUAACAUUCACCAUGACAUUGGCACCCAUGUUAUUCACCAUCUUUUCCCUCAAAUUCCUCAUUAUCACCUCGUUGAAGCGACACAAGCAGCAAAAUCAGUUCUUGGAGAGUAUUACCGUGAGCCAGAAAGAUCUGCACCAUUACCAUUUCAUCUAAUAAAGUAUUUAAUUCAGAGUAUGAGACAAGACCACUUCGUAAGUGACACUGGAGAUGUGGUUUAUUAUCAGACUGAUUCUCUGCACCUUCACUCGCACCGAGACUGAGUUUCAAUUUUUGGGUUAUUUAUUGGAUUCUAGCUACUCAAAUUACUUUUUUUUUAAUGUUACGUUUUUGGAGUUUUAACGUUUUCUGAACAACUUGCAAAUUACAUGCAUAGAGAGACAGGAAUUCAUAGUGGGCCUCAAUGGAAUAUUUAUUUGAAAUUAGUAAGGUGGUAAUUAAUAAAUAUUGAACUGUCAGUUUCGUUUGUAA